CACAGCGUUGUUUUGUUUGACAGCGAGCGGGAAUGUCUCCUUUCCAAAACAUAAAUAAAUGGCCACCGUUGUUAUUACGUUCUUCCUAAUCGGAUUUUAUGAAUAUAAAAUGGACGCCGACUUCGAUGAGACGCCAAGGGAUCUAAUUUCACGGCGGGAAAAACGUUGGAGCAUGAAUUCACAACGGCUGGAAGAAAUUGUCGCGGAGCUGAUGAAGCCCAUCAGCGACGCGCGACGGAGCUUCGACACCGACCUGAGCGCGUUAUUGGAGGAGUACCUGACGGAGGCGGGUCUACACGCACUAGAGGAGGAAGACGGAGGCCUCAGCACCCACGGUGCACCAAACUAUGCCGAGCUCGCCCUGCUACUGCAGCAGUCCGCCUGCAUCUAUGGACGCAAGGUCGACUUCCUCUACCAACAUGUGCUUAGUGUCAGUGACUCUCUGCAGACACAUACACAACAGUCAAACCCUGAUGAGCCAUCAACCUCAGAAGAAGUCUCCACGCCGGCGGGCUCGCGUCGCCGCCGCAAAGUAUCCACGUCUGUCGCCAACUUCGAGCCUCUGGAGCUUACGCCAGCUUCUAGCGCUACACGGGAGGCAGACACGGCGAGGCCACCGCCCACUCUACCUAGAUUAUACCUGGAGCUGGAGCCGCGAGUGAUGACUUCACGCGACUGCCCGCUCACCGACUACAACGGGGAGCCCAUCGGCCUGCUGCAGGACUUCCACGUCACGUGGAGGUUACAUAAUGGGUUCCUAAUAGAAGGCUUGAAGAACUUAGCCGAUGGCAUGUCGCAAUCAGUACGACCGGUACCCUUACAAGAGUUGCAAGCUGCCAUCGAGGCAGUAGCCCCCCCGCCCCCUUCCACACCGCCGCCGAUGCUUCCGCCAAUCAUGUGCGAGGAAAUGUCUCCGCCCCCCUGCGCCUCUACACCAAUCCCGGCCAUGAGCGAAGGAGAGCUACAAAUGUUAGAAAGGGAUGAAACGGAAAACAUGCCACCUCCUUCGAAGAGACGGAAAAGAAAUCAACCGGCCGAGGUCAUCGCUUUUGUUGGUUGCGUCAAGAUGACGAUUAAUAAAAAGGGUCGCCGCGCGCUCUGCACACUCCAAGACUUCUCCCUCCCGCCGCGGUGGGUCAGUUCUAUAGUGCAAGCUCGACGAGAGGAAAUACUCGCCACGAGACAACGACUUAGAGAACUACAGCCAGACGAAGAUGGCUUCAUGGGCUGGUCGCGUCGAGAGGCGUCGGCGACGGCGGUGGACGGUCCGGACGCACGAGAGAGCGACGACGACGGUUUCUUCGAACAGAGCUCUCUGGGCGACUCGGACGCGAGCCGGGUCGACGAUACGGCUAUUACUACUAUUGCGUCUACAACCAUGGACACGGCCGCGGAUUGGGCGGCGUGGCGUGCCGGCGUGGUGGCCCGCGCCGAACAACAAAAGGCAGUCGACGUGAGAGUGUUGGCCGACCGAGUAUUACGGGCCUUGCCCCCGCCCACGGAACCAGCUAGCACGCCGCUCAGUGACAUGCUGAGGGAUACGGCUGAGGAUCCGCUCGAUGUGUCUAAGCUGUUUCUGGCUACGCUGUUUCUUGCUAACGCUGGCAACAUAGAAAUAGUGCAAGGCGCACCACUUUCAGUCAACUCUGCGAGCCUACGCGUGCUCUCACUGGACCAGCAGCGCGUGGCGGCCGUGGCGGAGGCGGAGGACGCCCCCGCUCCCGCCCCCGCCGCGCCCUGCGCCCCCCGCCCCCCCGCGCGCCGCGGGCCCCGGGCGGCCGCCAGCUGAGACGACGCCGCGGCCAUGCCGCCACCCCCCUCCACCAUAUGACACACGAGCCGCGACGCCGAUGGCGCUCAGACUAAGUACCAUUCACACGGAGGGUAACUGAGAAAGUUAUGCUUGAAGUGAUAUUGGAUUAAAUAAAGCUUCAGUGCGAAGAAAUGCUCCUGAGUAAAUCUUUAUGUGUGUCCUUCUGAAGGUUUCAUGUAUCGUAGAGUGGAUGCGAUACUAGUCCUCUGAUUACGAUGUGUAUGACGAGAGGAAAUGGAUUAAAUAUGCUGAAGUGUAGCAAUAAGGUUAUAACUGGCAUGUGUUAGUGAUAGUGAAGAUAUACAUGUGGAAAGGUUCAGUGACUGUAGACCAACAAACUAUUGUGCUACAGGGUAUUAGGUAGUAUGGUCAUUAAACUUUUAAUAAUACUUACCUUCAAAUCCUGAUAUGUACCCCAAUGAUAUUUUUGGAAUAUCAUUAUUUGUAUACUUGGCUAAUUGAUGGUAGCGACACUAGUUACCGCCUAUGACAUGCUUUUAAUUUCUAUCAUAAGCAAAGCUCAGAAUCUUGUGCUAAAUCUACCAAAUUGUUAAGUGCAUAAUGCAUAAAUAAGUGUGUGAGAUAUCAUGAUAAAUGGAAGAUAUUGUAAUUGUAAAUAAAUUGCUGUUAUUAACAAAGUAUAUUUAAAAUGGAGGUUAUUUCUAUUAUUAAAAGACUAGCUAUAAUAACUAGAUGUAAAAUAAUUACGUGACCACUUUUAUGGGUAAAAAUGGAUUAUUAUAUGUAUAAAUUAACAGACCUUUAGAUGCUCUGUUCAUUAUAAAGAAGCUUGCUGUUUUAUUGCAUGCUUCAUUCCACAGUAUCAUGUGCAGUAGGUACAUAGUUAUUGUACUACUUCGCAGAUUUUGCUUUAUUUUUAUAGCGGGUUCUUUUUUGUAGCCUCGUUUGCUGAAUGUGUACCAGUGAUUAAUAACGUAAGUCUUUAGUAACAAGAUCUUUACUGCAAAUACAAGUAAAUGUGGUAUUUUCUGUUGUAAAAUUUUAUUAUGCAUAUAACUUAGUCAAUCUAUAUUUUAUUGCCAGCAAUUUAUAUGGCACUGACGAAGAAUAUCUUGUGAAUAUAAGAAGCUAUUUCUAUAUAUGUAUAUAGUUGCAAUUUGUACAUAUAGAGUACGAAAAAUUAAGAUAAUAUAUUUUAUUAAGUAAGAGUAAGUUUUACAAUGUAGGUAUUAUUAACGAUGUGAAUGCUUUGAAAUAUGUUGAAUGGCUCUUUAGUGUGCUCGUGUAUAACAGUUACUGAGUAGUAUUAAUGUGUUCUAAAACGAGAACAACUAAACAGUUAUUCGCUUUUGUAGAAUAUUGGUGCUAAAUUAUCGUUUCUGGCUCGGCGCUCGCGGCUCUGUCUCCACGCGUGGCUGUCACUGACAAUAUUUAUAAAAGCCGCCCGGAGAUUAAUUCCACACCUAAAACGUAUGUGAUGGUUUGAGGCGAUAUUUUUUAAGGCUUGCACAGACGUUGUAUUGACCUCCGGGGACUUUUGUCCGUCGAUAAAGUAAAUAACGGAUCUCUUAUAAAUUUUAAAUUGUGUCGAAUAACGAAAUGUACACUAACACGAAAGUCCCUUGUCUGCACCAGCUGUUAUCGUUAGUGACUAUCUACCUCACACAGCCUCACGUGGACACUCAUGCGGACUAUUUAAGCCAUAAUUUAACUUUAAAUCGGUACAAAACUUUAUAUACUUACAUAGUACCUACCUAGUAUUUACACUACGGUACUAUCGCGAGCAUGUUUCCUAUGAAUAUAACUUAUCUGAUCUCAUUCAUUCCAUUAUCAUUCAUUUUUCUUCUCAAAAUUAACGUAAGGCAAAACAAUUUGAUGUGCCGUCCAAUCAUCUUACAUUUAAGUCAAACACUAGUGUUAUUCAUAAAAUUAUAUUAUAUUUGCAUUUAAAUGCAUGAUAUUUAAGAAAGGAGUAGGUAGGUGCAUAAUACCGCAACACAAAAAACUAAACGAAUUUUACAGUACGUAUCUCUGCUUGUAAAUAAGUAAGAAUCUAUAAUUUAUUUACAAAUCAAUUUUACACAUAUAUUUUUGUAUACAUUUUAAAUACACCUUGUUGGAAAAGUGGUAUUGUAAUCGAAAGUGGGAUCUUUUACUGCCAGUUUCAAUAACUAUCCAUAGCUGAUAAUUACUUUCAUAUGAUUUUGACAGAAUGCAACUUUUUAUGCGUCAAAAUCGUAUGAUACUAUGAUAGUAACUAUCAGCUAUCCAUAUAUAGAGUAUUGAAACCGGCAGUUCAUUCAUCAUUUUGAACAGUUCGUGCGUAUUUGGAUUACAAUACCUUUAUUACUAUGGUAUAAUCCCCAUAUCCUGUAUAUUUUGUUGGGAAUUUAAAUCGCAAAGUAUCCCUCGUAAAUGUUCCGCCUUUCUAUCCAUUAUCUUAUAUUAAUCUAUAUAUAAUUGCGAUGUUUACAAGUUCAAUUUUCACUAGUGCCUUACUCUAAGUACAUUUAACCGCAAAGAGCAGCGUGCGUCUGAGCCAUUGACCCUUGUAUAAAAUUAUUUAUAUUUAACUGACUUAGAAAAUGUACUAAUACUUUUAGUAGGUAAGGGUUUUUCUUCAGAGCAGAGCUCUGUUAACUUCUACUGGUUGUAUAUUUCGAUAGAACUAUGGCGUGUGUGUGUGUUAUUAUUAUAUUAAAUAUUAGAUAAUUAGUACAUAUUGAUUGUUGUACAAUAAUAAAUGGAAACGGGCUAUGAAGCCAAAUUUAAAAUAAUGAUUGUUAUUUCAUAAAAAAUAUAACCAUAAGAUCGGA